GUCCUAGCCUUCCCCUUUCUAGUUGAACAUCUGCUAGCUUAGCCCUAACCACCUUGAAAUUUAAAUAUUGUUUCUUGGGCGUCACCAUCGUUGUUUUAGGAGUGUGGUUAAAUAAAGGACAUCCAUUUAGCAAUGAAUAAGCCCCAACCUAUUUAUAAAGGGCUGAUUUUAUAGGGAAGUAGCUACUUGGCUCAGCAUUGAGAAAUGCAAGUUGACGUUUUCAGGUGGCCAUUUCGGGCUCACCAAUGAUCAGGGCUAUGGAAUCAAGGUCAACCACUAAACCAUGUCCGCCCCAUCAUGCGUCAGUAACAGCUGUCAUAUUACAAAGCACUCAAACAUAGAUCUCCGCGCUCUAGUACUAUUUUGUGAGCCAUAUCAUGGCCUGGUAAUCGCAGUAUAAAGAUCGACCAGGUCUGAUUACUGCUAGAGUUUGGAUAAUCUGAACCAACAAUUAUUCAAUAUUUGCAACUACUUCCACUUUAUCCUAUUUCACUAUGUCUCGCAUGGUGACGACAUGCUGGACCCUUGCUCCAGUAACCAGUCAACUGCUUCCUAUUGCCAGUAGAGCUGCUGCUUCUACUGCUUUCAUCAGAAACCUCUCACUUCCAGCCAGGCGGGCUCCGGUGAUCGGAGCCAGAUCCUUUUCAUCGAAUACUAGGUCCAAUAGUCGAGUCAGUAAUCUUCGUCUUACUCCAGCGCUGGCUGUAUCCACGGGGCUUGCCCUCAGUUACUAUCUUUACCAACGAGGCCCCCAGCCAGUGAAGCUGGGCCUGGCGCCAGAGAAGCCAGAGAAGCCAAAAUGUGCCCAUUGCGUGGACGAGAAGCCAGAGGUGAUCCAAGAAAAGGCUGUUGGAUGUUGUGAAGACGAACAAACCACUACGUACCAGGAGAAGCCUCUUUCAUGCUGCGUCGAUGAUGAGGCAUCCAUAGCCAUGGUACCUGCUAUUGGCGGAGAUCAUAAGCACAAGAUCUUCGAGACAGUUGACGACGAGACAUUGCUGAUCUCAAAGCUCCCCAAAGAAGACGCCAUCCUCACAACGGCGCCAAAUGUUCCUCCUUCUAUCACAAGAGACCAUCCUGCUCUUGUCAGGGUUCCGCUGGUAACUACAACUAAGCUAGCGCAGCUGACCAGCCAGUAUAAAUACGAACAGUGGACUUUCAACGGCACUGUCCCUGGCCCUUUCAUUCGGGCCAAAGUCGGAGAUGUCGUGGAGCUGAGCCUCACGAAUAAAGACCCCGCAGGCAAUCCUCACAAUAUCGACUGCCACGCAUUCACUGGCCCUGGUGGUGGUGCCGCUGUCACUACCGCUGAAGAGGGCGAAACCAAGGUCGGUCGCUUCAAGCUCCUUUACCCCGGUCUCUACGUGUAUCAUUGUGCCGCCGCGCCUGUCCCCGUUCACAUUGCCAACGGCAUGUACGGCCUCAUGUACGUGCAGCCGGAAGGCAAUGACCUACCACCCGUGGACAAGGAGUAUUAUGUUAUGCAGAGCGAGUUCUACCAUGAGCCACCAGAGGUUGAUGAUGACGGUCGACGAUCCGAAAUUGUUGAGUUCUCAUAUCCCAAUGGUCUUCGUGAAGAACCCCAAGUCGUUACCUUCAACGGUAGCGAGUCUGCCUUGACAAGAGAUCAUCCUCUCAAGGCUCAUGUCGGUGACGAUGUGAGAAUCUUCUUCGGAAAUGCUGGACCAAACCUGACUAGUUCAUUCCACAUCAUCGGCACGCACUUCAAGAAUGUGUACCGAGAUGGUGGCGUGACCAGCAACCCAUCAAAGGGUAUUCAGACCGUUUCUGUUCCUUGCGGUGGGUCAACGAUCGUCGACAUGAAGAUGGCUGUCCCAGGAACGUAUACACUGGUUGACCAUUCCAUUUUCCGUUUAGACAAGGGUGCAGUGGGCUUUCUCAACGUUUCUGGACCGCAGAAUCCGGGGGUCUACCAGAGUUCCCAACCGCCAAGGCCAUGUGUGGGUUGCAAAUUGCACUCCUGAUCAGAUCAUGGACUUCUUUGAAAUGGAGCUAGCAGGUAUGAGCAGCGGCUGAAUAGCUAUAGGUUUAGCAUCUCCGGCUUUCGGGGUGACGACUUGAUCCGCCUUCUACCUGUCUUUUUGGGUUUAGUUUGGUUGAGGGUACAGUUUGGGUGGGGACAUCGUGUAUGAAGGUAUUCACAGGAGCGUUGUCAAUGACUUAUGAGGUUCAAGAGCGAAGAAGGUUAUCUCAAGAGUUGAUGACUUGAACGGUUUCAGUUUGAUUACAUCCAUAUUGGAGAGGUUUUUCAUUGGCGUCAUGCACUUUUCUUAGCUUAAUGCAUCUAGUAUGAUGGAUGGUUCAAAUUGAGGCAUCAGAACACUUUCUAGAUAUCUUGUAUGCCAGGUGCAACAUCGAAUCACCAAGGUUCGUUUUCUCAUCAGUGCCAGGCAUUCACCACAUGGUUUUAUAUACAAUGGCGCCUGUUGCAAUUCCAACAGCAGAUAAGACAGCGACUCCUGACAAGGCACUCAUCAGAUAUCGUUUAGUGACUUCUGCCUCAUGAUUCUCCCAGCCAGAAGCUUUAUUGACGUGAGGAAAUGGCCCGUCAGGAACUGGCUUAUCUAAGAACUUGCACAAAGGUUCCCACCCGUCUUCGACAGUCCAUUCGAGGAGCUUUUCUUUCGGAACGAGGCCGCGGAUCAUGUUGCAGUGUUCUAUGGUUUGGUUAGUACUGCCAUUCUUGACGAUCAUUGAGGCACUUCUUGGAACGUAAUGCGAGUUACCUACCCUUGUAAACCCAUUUGCCAUUCCUCGCAAUUCCUGUCUCAAUGUUGCCGUCCAGGGCUCGAAACAGGCCGGGCCACAUAAACCGUUCAUAAACAUGCCAGCCCCAGAACGGUAUCUUCCCGAGACAAGACAAUAUAUAUAGAGCCCAAUUCUCAUGGACGCUCACUAGAGUCUUCACAGCACUCUCGUGCCACGCAUCCAAGUCUCUGCGGUAGUUUAGGACAACCUUCGCAUCGGGGUAUGCGGCGAUGAGUUCGGCCGCAAACACUGAGCCUGCGGCAUCUGUGACAGCUACAGAGUGUCCGAGGACCUCGUCAAACUCUUCUUUUGUAAUGGUAGUGUUGCCAUCGAGCGAGCCGAACCAUCUCCGCUAUCGAACCCAUUUCGAUGAGUAAUUUGGCGUCUCGUACACGAUGUCCCAGCCGUGAUAGGUGUGAUCGUAUCCAAGCUUCAAAAGCGCGGUCUGGAGAGACUCGGUCGCAGACCUGGGUAAGCCUACGCAGAGCACCUCCAUAGGCUUCGUGCGUUUUCGCGGCGGAGGUUCUGGCGCUGCAUAGACAUAGUUUUCGAGGAAGCGCCACCACCAACUGUUGAGAGACGGCAUUUUACCGUAUUUUCCGUUGUCGAUGUAUGUUGUAGGAUAAUUAGCAUGGUUAGGAUGAAACCACGUAAGGUCGAUGGCGUAGAGUCAGACAUGGGGUCUUGACUGGGUAAUCACGAGGUCUCAGCCGACGCCUUCGUAUUCUUGCAUGAAUAGUAUGUAUAUGUGCAUAUCUUUCAUUAAGCAGCUCGAAACUCUUUAUAUGUCUCAUUCUAGUCCCUGCUUUCCCACUGAGCCC